CUCUUUGCCUGCUUGUUCUUGCCCUUGCUAGCAAGUCCAUUCCUUCACUGGCAUUAGGGCCUACUCCUUUGGGAUUCCAGCAUACAUUGAAGACCAUCUGUAACAUUCAGCUUUGUAAAAUGAUUCUUUAUGACUACUGGAUCCUUGGACCUUCCAUUCGUAGGCAGCCAUCGUUGGAUUAAAUGGACCACAGCUUCUCUGACUAUGCAUCAUCUAUGGAAAAUUCCAAGACUUUUCACUCUCUGGGGGAAUGAGAUUUCCUGCCGUACUUUCCAUAUGAAUAUCAAGAAACUAAUACCCAUACAGUGGGGCCACCAGGAAGCACCUGCCAAGUUCAACUUCGCUAGUGAUGUGAUAGAUCACUGGGCCAGCGUAGAGAAGGCUGGCAAGAGAUCUUCAGGUCCAGCCCUGUGGUGGAUGAAUGGCAGUGGGAAAGAAAUAAAGUGGAGCUUCCGAGAACUGAGUGAAGCCAGUAAACAAACGGCCAAUGUUCUCUCGGGAGCCUGUGGCCUACAUCGUGGGGACCGUGUGGCAGUAGUGCUUCCCCGAAUCCCAGAGUGGUGGCUGAUGAUCCUGGGCUGCAUGCGGACAGGCCUUGUUUUCAUGCCUGGGACCAUCCAGAUGAGAUCCUCAGACAUACUCUACAGGCUGCAGGCAUCCAAGGCCAGGGCCAUUGUGGCUGGGGACGAAGUAGCUCAGGAAGUGGAUGCUGUGGCCCCUGACUGCUCUUUUCUGAAAAUCAAGUUGCUGGUGUCUGAAAACAGUCGAGAAGGAUGGCUAAACUUCAAGGCAUUGCUAAAAGAGGCAUCCACCAUUCAUCAGUGUGUGGAGACAGAAAGCCGAGAAUCAGCAGCCAUCUACUUCACUAGUGGGACCAGUGGCCCUCCCAAGAUGGCAGAACACUCCCACUGCAGCCUGGGCAUCAAGGCCAAGAUGGAUGCUGCCAGCUGGACAGGCCUGAGUACUUCUGACAUAAUAUGGACCAUCUCAGACACGGCUUGGAUAAUGAACAUUUUAGGAGCGUUUCUGGAACCUUGGGUAUUGGGAGCAUGCAUAUUUGUCCAUCUUUUGCCAAAGUUUGAUUCACAAACUGUUCUAAAGGUGCUUUCCAGCUAUCCCAUCAAUACCCUGGUGGGUGCCCCCAUCAUUUACCGGAUGUUGCUACAACAGGAUCUUUCCAGUUACAAAUUUCCACAUCUGCAUAGCUGCUUCAGUGGAGGAGAGACCCUUCUCCCAGAGACUCUGGAGAACUGGAAAGCCAAGACAGGACUGGAAAUCCGAGAAAUCUAUGGCCAGACAGAAACGGGACUUAUCUGCAGAGUUUCCAGGACAAUGAAAGUCAAACCAGGCUACCUGGGAACAGCCUUUGCUCACUAUGAUGUACAGGUCAUAGAUGAGCAGGGCAAUGUUCUGCCCCCUGGCAAGGAAGGAGACAUAGCUAUCAGGGUGAAGCCCAUCUGGCCUAUCGGCAUGUUCUCUGGAUAUGUGGACAAUCCCAAGAAGACACAGGAUAAUAUUCGAGGAGACUUUUGGCUUAUGGGAGACCGGGGAAUCAAGGAUCCAGAAGGGUAUUUCCACUUCAUAGGGCGGUCAGACGAUAUCAUUAAUUCCAGUGGGUACCGGAUUGGACCUUCCGAGGUGGAAAAUGCACUGAUGGAGCAUCCUGCCGUAAGCGAAACAGCAGUGAUCAGCAGCCCAGACCCUUCCAGAGGAGAGGUGGUGAAGGCAUUUGUGGUCCUAGCCCCUGAAUUCCUGUCCCAUGACCGAGACCAGCUCACUAAGGUGCUUCAGGAGCACGUGAAGUCAGUGACAGCACCCUACAAGUACCCCAGGAAGGUGGAGUUCGUCUUAGACCUGCCCAAGACCGUCACAGGAAAAAUUGAGCGAGCAAAGCUUCGAGCCAAGGAAUGGAAAACAUCAGGACGAGCCUAGGCCCAGUGAGACUCCUGAGGCUUUUGAUGGGGUUCUGUCUUCCCCAAUCCUUUCCUGUGACUUCUUCGUCUCCACUUAUGGAGAUAUAAGAUUAUUCACACAGAGGCACGUAUGUGAUUUUGGUCUCUGUUUGGUUAUUGACAAAGAACAAUGACACGUUUGACACUAAAAGAAAAAAGAAAGAGGGAAUAAGAGAUUUUCAGGGGAAAAAUUGAGUCAGAAAAGUGCUAAAACAGCAAGGGAAAGAAAUUGUCAAUUCAAGUGGGCAGGAAGUGGGAGAAUGAAGGGGAAAAGAGAAUGAGGAGAGGGCAAAAAAAGAAGGAACUGAAGAAAAGUAGAAAAGGAGUGUGUGGAAUGGCACUAGUGUCUUCCCCAAGUUGGCUCAAUCCUUAGGGACAUCAUGUUCAAAGGAGGAGGAAAUACCACGUUGUCAUGCCCAUGUCCUACACAUGUUGUGAGCCAUCUUGCUUCAUCUUUGUGUCAUUUGCAGGUUCAACUUCUACACCCCAAAACAUAUCACUUCCUUUAGCUCACAGUCGUUGUCAUAUCUUCACUUCCUUGAAUCAAUAUUAAAAUCAUUUUAAAAUCAAAACUCCAAAGGCAUUCUUUGGGCAAGACAGGAGAGGCAUGUGUGCAGCAGCUUAUGAACUGAAAAACCCUUAGAGAGCUGAUGGAUGAUGCUGUUAAUGAAAAACCACGAGCUCAGCUACCAGGGCAACCUGAUCAGCAGAUCUAGGUGUCAAGGAGCUGCUGAGGGGGCAGAGUCUCACUUGUAACCUAGAAAGGGUUAAUGAAUCUUCUUGGUAGAACUGGGCAAUCAGGAAAUGAAAGCAAAGGUUCUCAAGAGCCAGGGUCUUCUUGGAAAACACCCAGUGACAAUAACAGUGACAAUAACAGUGACAAUAACAGAACACUACUUACCAAACACUUGCCAGGAGCUAGUCUGUCUGUCUGUCUCUCUGUCUCUGUCUCUGUCUCUGUCUCUCUGUCUCUCUUUCUCUCUCUCCCUCUCUCUCUCCCUCUCUCUCUCUCUCUCUCUCUCUCUCUCUCUCUGACUCCAGCUACUGUCCUCAGUUUUACAGAGGAGGAAACCAGAGAUCAGAUGAUAAAUAAUCCACCACGGUCACACAAUAGUCAAGUCACAGAGACAAGGUCUGUCUAUAUAACUCCCGUGCUUUGAACAGCUUCCCUUGCCUCAUCAGCGUGUUUGCUUUGGCUACUACAGUUUGUAUCAGUCAGAAUUCUUCAGGCAAAAAAAAGGUCUCCACCUAACACCUCUCUCUCCUUCCCUCCCUUCCAACCUCCCUUUCUCCCUCCCUCCUUCCUUCCCUUCCUUUAAAGUAUGAAAACCCAAUACUCCAGAUGUUUGUGUUAAGAAAAGCUAUUAAGUUUUAGAGAGUUCAUCUACAAGGUGUGUGUGUGUGUCACAUUGUGCACAUUUUAGACAGCACAAGCUCGUGCAUUUACUUGAGUUGCACACUGGUUGGCAUAUCCUGAAAGAAUGGUCAUAAGGGUGGCAUUCACCAUAGUAAUAAUAAUAAUAAUAAUAAUAAUAAUAAUAAUAAUAAUAAUAACAACAACCUAUAAAUUAGUCACUGAGGUUUGGAAAUAAAUCCCAGUCUGGCAGUUCCAGAACUAAUAUUUUAAUUAAGCCUCAUUGGGUUUCAAGGUUUAUAAGCAUAUUAGACUUGAAAUAUAUUCUAUUUCAAGAUCUGAGACAUUUCGUGGACUGUCAUCCAGAACUCAUGGGGAUAUAGCUGGCAACAGGGAGGCCAAGAAUGCAGGCAGACCUCCAGGCACCUCCACGGGAGCAGAUGAUCACAUCCCUCUCCCCUUUUAUCCCACACCUGAGCAUCCACAUUUAACCUGCUCCCUGUGAAAAUGUAGGAUGGUGUCAUAACAUAAGCUCUCCUCAUUUCCUACCCUCUGACACUGUUACCUUCCACCUUCAGGGUCACCAACUUAAUUCUAAAAAGACAAAAUCUGAUUGACUGAUGUGAGUUGUUUACAUGGAGUCUGAUCCACAUGUAACACAAACAUGGCAUCAGGUAUUCCAACAUGGUUCACUAGAAGAAAACUGAUAGAAGAAAGGGGCCAGCCCGUGUGAUCGAUCAGCAGGUGAAGGAACCUGUCGCCAAGUCUGAUGACCUGAGUUCAAUCCCCAAGACCCAUAUGGUUGAAAGAGAACCAACUCCUGCAUGUUGUCCUCUGACCUCCAUAAGUACACACACACACACACACACACACACACACACACACACACACACACACAAUAAAUAAAUAAAUAAAUAAAUAAAUAAAUAAAUAAAUAAAUAAAUAAAUAAAAUAAAGUAAUUAAAAGGUUAGCCUGAUAUUUGGACACAAAUUGACCAGCUCUUGAAAAGCUCACAGGUAUGUUUGGACAACUUCAAAGCCUCUCUUCUCUCUAGCAUCUUUUCUUGAUGCCUUUUCUCUCUGCUCAUUUUUCACACUAAAGUGGCCAUGCUUAGGACUCAUCUAAUGAAAACUGGGGGGCUAGAGAAAAAUCUCUACUAGUCAAGGCUCUCUCAUAAUAGAGGGCACUGGACAGUUUCAGUUGAGUGAUAACAUCUGACCUAAACACUAGUUAUCUGUGUCCCAUACUCCUUUUCUGUUGCUCCUGGCUAGUCAUUCUUAAUCUUUGGCCUACGAUCAUUAUGCUAUCGUGAGAACGAUUGCGUGUGUGGAUAUGUGGAUACAUGUUCAUGCAUAUUCAGGUACAUGAGUGAGUGAAAGGUUACAUGCACAUGAACGUUGUGUAUGAACACCAAAGGAAAACCAUGAGUGUCGUUCUCAUGAACACUGUCCAUCUCCUUUAAGAAAGAAUUUCUCAUGGGCCUGGAGAUCACCAGUUAGGAGCAGGGAUCUUCCUGUCUCUGCCUCCCUAGCACUGGGAUGACAAGCAAUGCUCCCACCUUCCUUUUCUAAGGUGUCUCUCCCACCUUGAGAAUGAGUUUUACUAUAUCCCAUUACUCUGGGUCCAGCCUAUGAGCCCUGCUUUCGGUGUCGUGCAUAGCGGAAGCCCUUUACCUUUAAGAGGAAUCAAUGCUGUCCCUCAGUUAUGACCCUGACUCCCUUCAUUCUGCUCCAUCCUUCCUGCCUAUGGCUUAGAUAAAAUACCCGUAGUAGCCUGUACCUUUACAGGAGGCUGGUAUGCUGUGACUGUGAAGAAGUCAAAGCUCCUGUCUUUUUCAGCACAUGAGGAAGCUUAACCUUGUCAUCCUGUUCUUUUUGGUUCUCUACAUAUAAUACCCUGACAAAGACUUUUCAAAAGUAAGCACACAUCAACCAGCAUGCACCCUCAACAUGCACAGCCUAUCAUGUUUGCACACUUUGGCAUAAAAAAUUAACCUCAAACAGGGCCAUUUAAAACAACCAUUUCACUAUGUUUACAAAUUCUGUGGGCUGAGAAUUUGAAAGAAUAGUAGUGGAAUACAUGCGUGCACACACACACAAACACACACAUACAAGCUCUAAUACAUGUAAGACCUUUAGUUGAAGAACUUGGGUGUUGAAAGAAUUUGAUGGAUAGGAUUAAAUUGUGCCCAAGUUCAUAUGUUGACUGUACUUGAACUGGCCUUCUUAUCCAGGAUAAGUGGAGUUCAUGAAGGUGGAUCCCUCAUGAUAGGAUUAGUGGCUUUAUAAGAACAGUGAUUGAGAAAGAAUUCAUUCUGUUGACGCCCAUGCAAGCGGAACAGCAAACUGCUUAAGAACUCAUGGAAUGUGGCCCACUGGUUAGCACCAUCUCAAUGGGUGUGCCUUGGAGAGGCACUACAUGUCCUGAGGAUCACAUGCUGCUGUAGAGCGUCACUCUGCUUGUUACCCUUGUGGUGGUCAUCAUGUCUCCCCCUAAUCUAUGAGCUGUAUGAAAACUCUAAGAGGGUUUCCAGACCCUCACAGGGCAGUGUCAUUGGCAUUUACAAUAGUUGUUCUUGAUCUUUCUCAAGCAUUACUGCUGGGGCAGAUUAAUGAUUCAGUUACCAUUCAGUAAAGUUAGGUUAAGGUAUUUUUGCUAGUGGUUUUGAUGUAGCAAAUCUUGAGGAGCAAUGUCAAGUUUAGAAAGGCGUUAGAAAGUUUGAUAACCGAGUGAAGGAUUUUUGAGGUCAGGGAACAAGAAUAACAGCAGUCUGACUAGUACUAGCUGGUGCAUCUCUCUUGCUGGGCGGGCGAUCAAAUGGUGAUUCAUUUCUUGUACCUAUUUUCGCCCUCAGCUUCCUGAUAUGAUUUAAUAAAAAGCUGUUAAUGUGUAAAUGUAUACCCUGAAGAUUUAGAGUAGAAAUGACUGAUUUUUUAUAUAAAAGUUUAGAUUUACGAUUCUUUGAAGAUUUUGUAUGAUUACUUUUUAAGAUAAAUUGAAACCUGCCAGUAAGACAACCUGGGGAGAAAAUUGCCUUGUUAAGUUAUAACAAGUUCUUUGGUUAUGAAUGCAUGUGGGUUCUUGGGAAUAAUUUGUUUUUAACCCAUAAUAUGUAAAACAUUUGAUCAUGUGAAGCUAUUGAGGAGCAUAUGUAUCUCUCUUUUUUAAAAAUGUAUUCUCAUUGUAAUUAUUCACUUAAAGAAAAAUAGAAUGUAACCACAUUGUGGUUUUAUGCUGCUUGAAAGAAUUUCCUGGUAGAUAUAUAAGCUAUGGAAGAAAAAUAAAAAUUUUGGAGCUUGCAUCAUCCACC